AUGGCAAUUUUCACCUCGCCAACAUCAUUUCGCAAUGCGAACAACCUCUAUGACUUCCCCCAACUUGAGCGUCGGGGCUUCGUCGGCCAGAUGGGGAAUCUAACGGCUGGCAUCAUGCAGAGCGGACCAGGGCAGCAUUCCAAUCAUCCCUCUUUUCUGCACCUGGUGCUGCUGGUCUUCGAAGCUGUGCUUGAAGUCGUCUGUGUGAGCUUGCCAGGAUACAUCGCCGCGCGCCAGGGCAUGUUCGACGCGGACGCCCAGAAGCUGGUCGCCAACUUGAAUGUCGCACUUUUCACGCCAUGUCUGAUCUUUAUGAAGCUUGGGUCCCAAUUGACGGCCGAAAAGCUGACGGAUCUCGCUAUCAUCCCCUUCAUCUUCGUCGUCCAGACUCUCGUCUCCUAUGGCUGCUCCGCAUUUGUAUCCCGGUGCUUCCGGUUCCAGAAGCGCCAGUCGAAUUUUGUUGCUGCGAUGGCGGUGUUCGGCAACUCCAACUCCCUCCCGAUCUCCCUCGUCAUAUCGCUCUCGCAGACUCUGAAGGGCCUCCACUGGGAUAGGGUCCCAAAUGAUAACGAUGAUGAGGUGGCUGCGCGAGGAAUCCUAUACCUGCUGAUUUUCCAGCAGCUGGGCCAGCUGGUGCGGUGGAGUUGGGGUUAUCAUGUGCUGCUGGCGCCCAAGGAAAGAUACCUGGAAGAUGCGAGCGACUGCGCCGCCAUCGAACAUGGCCAGGAAAUCUACGCCGAUAACCCAGAGCAGACCGAUCCCGACGAACCGCUCAUCAGAACGAGAGAGGAGGAUCUUCCUUCGUUCCACGAGCACACCGCUCACAGCAAUAGCACCUUCGAAUCUGGUGGCCAGACUCCCGUUAGCGACCGCGUUCCGUCAUAUUCGAAGCUUUCCGCUCUGGGCGAUGCUACGCCAGACGAAGAUGAAGACCGGGUUUCUCAUCUUGGCCCGCCGCCCAGUGGUCCUUUCCUGCCUCGUCAGAGUUCUACUGGUCUCAUCAUGUCUUUCCCCAACGUCGAGGUAAGGAGACGGGAAGACCUCCCUGCGUCCGGAUUCAAAGGUUUCCUGCAGCGUUGGGGACGGUCCAUCCGACAAUGGCGCCGUCGCGUUUCGCGCUCUGUGAAGGCGAGGGCGAAUGCAGUUUUCGAGCGAUUGCCGUCACCCGUACAGAAGGUUCUUUCGAUGGUCUCCGCAGGGCUGUAUACAUUUGUUAAAGGUGUUUGGGACUUCAUGAACCCUCCACUCUGGGCAAUGUUGGUUGCUAUCCUCGUGGCGUCAGUUCCUUCAUUGCAACACCUUUUCUUCGACGAGGGCACAUUCGUGCAGAACUCUGUGACCCGAGCUAUCGACCAGAACGGUCAAGUCGCCGUGCCCUUGAUUCUGGUAGUCCUGGGCGCCAACCUGGCGCGCAACACGCUCCCAGAGGAGUCAUUGAAUGACAUGGAGGACCCGAAGGAGGAACGCAAGUUGAUCAUCGCCUCACUCGUUGCUCGGAUGCUUCUUCCUACCAUCAUCAUGGCACCCAUCCUCGCAUUAGUUGCCAAGUACGUCCAAGUGAGCAUUCUGGACGACCCCAUCUUCAUCAUCGUCUGCUUCCUCCUUACGGGAGCCCCGUCGGCUCUGCAACUGGCGCAGAUCUGCCAGAUCAAUAACGUAUUCAUGGGAGCCAUGUCGAGUAUCCUCUUCCAGAGCUACGUCGUAUGGAUCCUUCCUUCCACGCUCGUCCUCGUCGUCUGUGCCCUGGAGGUGCUCGAGUGGUCAGCAGCCUCAUAA